CUCAAGUUGUCGCUGCCUCUGAAAAUGUCAUUCCAAGCACGUUGGAGAGAACUAAAAAGGCUCGGAUGGGGCUUAGAGAAUCCAACCGGUCUAUCCUCGUAUCCCAUGACGUCAAACCUGGAAAGACGAAGAAGGACGUCAAGAACGCGGAAUAUGUUGGGGUUGUAGAGCGCUGAUGCGGAAUUUGGGCCGCUACGACAAGGGUGGGCUGGUUGUUUUUAUAUAAUGGUAUUGUCACUGGUUUAUUUGGGCAUUGUAUGAGCACAAGCAGCCGUCUCUACAAUGCGGAACCCCCCAGAAGCCUAUUCUGAGGCUGCUUCCGCUCAGAACGCGCCGGGGGCUAGUGAGGUGACGUCUGCAUCGGUCGUACACGAGCCGAGCGCUGUGGCAGCCCGCAAUACCCCUCCUCCUGCUGCGGAUGUUCACGAUUCAAGUGUAGUUGCGAAAGGCACUCAGUUAGGGACUUAAUCGAAACGUGAAAUGGUUAUGGCUGUAUUA